AUGCCGGACACUGAUGAGAAGGUGCUGCUUCACCAAGACUUCUGGAGACACAGACGAAACUGUGUCAGAUGCAGUGGCCGUGUGAAACCAACAAGCUGGGCAUGGCAGAAUUCGGUUUGCCCUUUGGAACAUCUGGUAAAACGCGACAUUAAGGUCGUGCCAGUGGACAGUCCAAAUGGGAACAAUCCUGCACAACAAGCAAAACCGCCAUCUCCGAAGAAGAUAAAGGCUGAGGAUGAAGCUGAUGCACAGCGCAUCGCGGAAGGAAAGAUCAAAGUCACGUACGAAAUUGACGAUGACUUUGAUGCGGCAGAGACAGGAAGAACCGGAUUGAAACGAACAAUCUGGAUUCAGGACUUCAGCAUGGUCGAAUUUACCAUGCAGACUGUGGUGAAGGUGGAGGAAGAAGAUGACAGCAUUUUGGAAGAGAUUACGAUCUCAGUGAUUUAG